AAAGACUACAUUACCCACAGUAAGACGCCUUCCUCUCAUUUGCACAUGCGCACUCGUUUGUUCUACUCUAGACAGCUGGAGGAGAAAAUGGCAGCACUCAUGCUAGGACAGCAGGCCCGCCAGUUCAGCACGUCUGUGAUCAGACCAAAACUGGUUAAGGCUCCCAUCACAGUCUAUGGGGUGGAGGGCCGCUAUGCCACGGCUCUGUUCUCAGCUGCCAGUAAGCAGAACAAACUGGACGCCGUGGAGCAGGAGCUGGGGAAAGUGUCUGCCAUGAUCAAGGACCCCAGUGUUUCCAGUAUUGUAAUGAAUCCUCAUGUAAAGCGCAGCAUCAAGCAGAAGACUUUCCAAGUUGGUCUUACAAAGGCCAAGGUUUCCACCAUCACUGUCAACCUCAUCAAUGUUUUGUCUGACAAUGGUCGUCUUCCUUUAACUGCUGCUGUUAUCGCUGCUUAUGGCAAGAUGAUGAGUGCACACCGUGGAGAGGUCCUCUGCUCCGUCACCACUGCUCAGCCUAUGGAUGAAGCUAAUCUCGCUGAUCUGAAAGUAGCUCUCAAGGGCUUUCUUCAGAAGGGUGAAUCUAUCCAGCUGGAAACAAAGUUGGAUUCUUCAAUCCUUGGUGGCUUGAUCGUCAGUAUCGGAGACAAGUAUGUGGACAUGUCCACCAAAACAAAGAUUCAGAAGAUGUCCAAGCUCAUCAGGGAAACUUAAGUCCUAUGGACUUAAUUUAGUAGAAGAUCGGAGAAGACCAUCGGGGGAACCGCUGAAAUGUAUAUUGCUAUCUGUUCUGGCACUGCAAUUGGUCUAUAAAUCCAGUGUCUAUACUUAAGUUCAUAUGGAUGUUAAUAAAACGUACAAAAAGUGGAGAA